AAGAACUCAACUGUCAUAAGUAUCUUCUUUUGUUUCUCAAUUCACUCCUAUGAUAAUGAAAUUGGUCACUGCUUUUGCAUUAAUUGCCUCAUUAAUUUACUUUUUCCUUGGUACUGGAGCUUCUGCCGCUGCACCAGAAAACCCACCUGUUACCAACAAGGUAUUUUUCGACAUUGAAGAAGAUGGCAAACCAAUUGGCAGAAUCACAAUUGGGUUAUUUGGAACUAUUGUUCCAAAGACUGUUGAAAAUUUCCGUCAAUUGGCCAUUCUGACUGAUCCUAAAUUUGGAUACACUGGUUCUAUUUUCCAUCGUGUUAUUCCUAAGUUUAUGAUUCAAGGUGGUGAUUACGAAACUGGUCAAGGAUAUGGUGGUAAGUCCAUCUACGGUGGUAAGUUCGAAGAUGAAAACUUUGAAUUAAAGCAUGAUCGUAAAUAUAGAUUGCUGAUGGCUAAUGCUGGAAGAAACACCAAUGGUUCCCAAUUUUUUAUUACUACUGCUUUAACUAAAUGGCUAGACAAUGCUCAUGUUGUGUUUGGUGAAGUUCUUGAUGGAUUCAACGUUGUUGAUUACAUUGAAAAUGUAAAGACUAGUCGUGGUGAUCGUCCAGUUAAGGAAAUCAAGAUUGCCAAGUCUGGUGAACUUCCAGUUGAAAACACAGGUGCUACUAGUGCUGCUGAAUCUUCAGCUGAAGAAAAUACAGUUACUGAAACUCCAAAGCAAGUUGUUGAUGAUGAAGUUCCAAAGGAUGAACUUUAGUUGCAUCUAUAUAGUUUAUAUAUGAUUAAUCAAAAUUUGUCUUUAAACCUAGCAUCUCUACUGUACUUCCUUUACCAUAUAAUGGAAUAUCGUCAAGAUAUACUAGUUUAUUAUCUUCGCUCUCAAUUGAGAAGCCAGGGUUGCCGUUGACGCUAGCAAUCUUUUCAUUUCCUGAUUGAGAAACAUUGUUUAAUAACGUAUCAAAUACACCGCUAGUUAUUUCUGUUUGGGAAUUUGAUGUAGCUAACGCGUUGGAAGAUGCUGCUGUACUUGGAGGUAAUCCUGUUCUUGGCCCAGCUAAUGCUAAUCCUGGCGUGUUCAUAGUAAUUGGUGUCAUUGUGUUCAUGACAUUGGUAUUGGAUACAGUCAUUGUUAAUGAUUUCAGUUGGGCAUUUCCUGGUAAUUGUGAUGAAGAUCCCGUGGAUGUUACACCAUGGAUAGAAUUAUUAUAUGAAUGUCCUCCAUCCAGGAUAUGAUAACUUGUCAUAUUGUUUAAAAUGUCAAUGGAGUUACGUAAUGACAAUACACUAGAUAACAAUCGUGACAGAAGAACAUCGUAUAUUCGAGGAGCUUGGUAAACAUUAGCCCCUAUAAUAUAGUAGUCCUGUAAAAUUAAUGUUGAUGUUGGGUCUAAUCGACGUUGUUUCCUAACAAUCCAAAAAUCAGGUUCUCGAGUAAAUGCAAUCACAAAUUCUAUUCCUGUCAUUUCGGUAAGUCGUGAUUGAAAGUAUUGAUGGAAGGUCAUAUUCAUGGGGAUUUGAAUUUGUUGAUAUUGAAAUUGCAUCAUGAGUACUUGAUUAUUAGAAGUUCUAUCAUAAAAUGGAGAAAGUGCAAAAUAUUCAAGGACAUUGUUACUAUGAAGACCACGUUCUUGGAUGAACUCAGGUGAUUUCCAUUGGAUUUCGUCUAAUGCUUCCAUGAUUGGGACUAAUGUUGAU